AUGUUUGAAGCGAUUAUAGCUGCAUUACUAAAAGGUUAUGUUGCCCGUUAUGUUGAUAUAAAUGCUGAUCAAUUAUCUGUGCAAUUGCUCUAUGGUCGACCAAUUGUUGUGGAAAAUUUAACAUUUAAUAAAACAACACUUAAUAAUGAUAUUCGAAAAAAAUUAAAAUUACCUAUUGAAAUAGAAUCCUUACAUGUUGGUAAAAUUCAAUGUUCAUUUGUAUGGAGUUCAUUAUUUUUUCGUUCAUCGUCACCAGCAUUAACUAUUCUAGUUGAACAUGUUCGUGCUAUAAUAAAACCAAUUAUUCUUGAUGACAAUGAAAAUCAAACAGAAGAAUUUGUUGAAGAAAAUGAAAUAGUUAAAAAACAAAAUCAUUUAGAUUUAUCUGAACAACAAUUAGAAAAAGAAUUUGAAUAUCUCGGUGAAGUUAAAUCAUCAUCAUGGAGUUUAAAACGUUUAAUAUUAUCAUUUUUAGAAAAACUUCAAGUACAUAUUAUUGAUGUACAUAUUAGUUAUGAAAGCUUUACAUCUGAUAAUAAUCCAUAUACAGUUGGAUUAUCAUUUGAUGAUAUUCAAAUAUCAAAUGAAUUAUCAAAUGAAAAUAUGAAUAGAAAAAUAUUUCAAAUACAUAAUCUUGCACUUUAUAUUGAUUCAAAUACAAAUAAAGAUAAUUCAUCAAAUCAUUCAUAUAUUCUAAUACCAUCAAAUUCAAUAAAAAUUUAUUUAACACAUAAUUAUAUACGUUCAGCACUAAUUAAUCGACAACAACCACGUUAUGAACUUGAAUGGACAUUUAAUGAUUUAAGUUUAAAAUCAAGUAUUGAACAAAUACGUAUUUUAUCAGAUGUUAUACGUUUUAUUCAUUAUGCAAAUACACAUAGAAAAUUUAUUAAUGAUCCAAGUAGACCAACUAAAAAAAUAUUAAAACAUUCAGCAAAAUUAUGGUGGCAUUAUAUAACAUUAGUUAUAAUACGUACACAAAAUUAUUUAAAAAUUCCUAUAUCAAAUGAACAAACACAUACAACAACUAAUUUUUGGUUUAAUUCAAUUCUAUUAAAUAAACGUUUAAAACAAUUAUUAACAUAUAAACGUUUAUAUCGUUUAUAUCUUGAUAAUAAAUAUUUAAAACGUACAACAACUAGUUCUUUUACGUCAACAGAUCGUUCAACUAUGAAUGAAAUUGAAAUGGAAUUUGAUCUUGAUUGUUUAAUUAAAAUUCGUCGAGUUAUAUUUCGUAAACGUGCUAAUGAACAAUUUUCUUUAAUUAAUAAUAAUAAACAACAACCAACAAAUAUUGAAUCAACAAGUUCAUGGUAUAUGAGUUAUGCAAAAUGGAUUAGUUCAAAAACAGUUGAUUUAUGGAAAACAACAACACCAACAGACAUUAAUCAAGCAAUUAUUUCAACUGCAACACCAAUCAUACCAUUAAAUGAAAAUGAUAAAAAAUUACAAGAACAAGUUAAUACAUUUAUAGCACAAUCAUUAGAAGAUGAAGAUUUAUCACAAAAACGUCGAGAUGCUCUAUAUUUACGUUUAAAAUUUGUUCUGAAAUCUGUACAAAUUGAUUUAUUAUCUGAAAGUGAUAUUAUUUUUCAUUUUUCAUUAAACAAUGUAUCAGUAUUAACAGAAUUAAGACCAAGAUAUCAAUCUAUACUUUUCUAUUUACGAUUAGAUGAUUUAAAUAUAUCUGAUCGUUUAAGAACAGAUGCAUUUUCAAAUAUUGUUUGUCCUAAACAAAGAUCAAACGAGUAA